AGACGGCGGGAUGGGAUGAGCGACGAGGCCCUAAGCGACAAGACGGCGGAAUGGGAUGAGCGACGAGGCCCUAAGCGACAAGACGGCGGGAUGGGAUGAGCGACGCCCGUGUGCGACACGUCGUCGCUACGCAAUACUGCUGGUCGGGCGGAUGAUGACAGCAGACCGAACGGCGGGCUCCGAUUGAUUGAUGAUUGGUCGCGGAGUGCGGCGCACGCGGGUAGCAAAUCGAUCGAGUGACGUGGCGGCAAUUUGUUGACCUGUCACAACCUUAGCUGUGUGAAGCCCAGGCGCUGCGUGCUUGCCACGUGGAGGAUUAUCGCAAUGGCCGCCGCCGGAACCUGUAAUUCGACAGCCAUCGCCGUUCUCUCUCGUUCGAGGUCCUUUGCGUCGGAUUCUCUUCAAGCUCCUGGCUAUGGCGGCCGAUGGCCAAUAGCGAGUAGUCUGUGCGUUGAUCGCCGUCAUCUUCUCUCAACUGAGACGAAGGCGAAGACCUCGUUGUCGUCGUCGUGGUGUGGUCGAUGCCACGUGUCUUCUUCUUCGUCUUCGUCUUCGGUGCUGCCUGAUCCAUUGCCGCUGACUUCCGCGAUUGGGAUCCCGGCAAGCGAAGGCGAUUGCUAUGGCAGCAGGACGAACCCGGCGGGUCGAUCUCCGAUGUGUUCCGCAAGCUUCCGCAGGAGGACGAAUGCGGCGAUGAAAGGCGAGGUAGGACCGAUCAGCAGCAGCAGGGGGGAGACGCGCGGAGGCGCAGCGCUGUCGCCGCCGCCGCCGCAAUGCCAAUCAAAAUCGCGUUGCGCGUGUCAAAGUAGCAGCGCUGUUCGCGCGGCAGGUGGAGAUGGCGCUGUCUUCUUCGGCUGCUCGCGCGCCAUCGGGAUUGCCGAGAAGAGGGUGUCGGCCGGGAUCUGCAGAGUAGCAGCGCCAUCGUCGCGGUCGGAGAAGACGGACGCGGAAGACACGCAGGAGGAGGAGGCGGAGGUGUGGGAGCAAGAAGAGAGAGAAGGAGAGGAGGGAGAAGAAGGGGAGGGGGAGGAUGAACGGUUCCAAUUGCCGCCCGAAGAGCUUCCGGAGGAUGGCUUGACGCGUGCGGUAGUGCGCGCCGAGCGGCUUUUCAACGUGAUGGCGACGGGGGUGGUCAUUCAAGCGCUGGAUGUGCUGUACGCCGACCGUCCGUACGCUCGCUUCUACGUCCUGGAAACCAUUGCCAGAGUUCCGUACUUCGCAUUCUUGUCCGUCUUGCACCUGUACGAGACCUUCGGCUGGUGGCGGCGGGCGGACUACCUGAAGGUUCACUUCGCUGAGAGUUGGAAUGAGCUUCAUCAUCUUUUGGUGAUGGAGGAGUUGGGAGGAGAUGAGAGGUGGUUUGAUCGAUUCCUAGCGCAACACGUGUCCGUCGCGUACUACUUCAUGACGGCCUUGAUGUAUCUCUUGAGUCCGAGGAUGGCCUACCACUUUCAAGAAGUGGUAGAGCGCCACGCCUUUGCCACGUACGAUAAGUUCAUCAGCGAGCAAGGGGAGGAAUUAAAGACCUUGCCGGCCCCGGAGGUGGCUGUGCGAUAUUACACUCAGGGGGACUUGUACAUGUUUGACGAGUUCCAGACGAGCAAAGUCCCAGAGUCCCGACGGCCCAAGAUAACCAAUCUGUACGACGUGUUCGUCAAUAUCCGAGCAGACGAAGCGGAGCACUGCAAGACGAUGCGAGCGUGCCAACGGCCGGGAUCCUUGACGUCGCCUCAUCGGGAUACCCCGGCGGCGGCGCCGACCUGCCACGUGGACGCCGCUCGUCGAGUGGAUGAAAGGGACGGAGAGGGGAAAGAGGAGAAGAAGAGGGAGGAGGAGGUGGAGGAGAAGGAGCGCGAGCAGAUGGAAGCCAUAGCCAUAGAUCGAAACAGAGCGGCGCUCAACGCCGCGUUUCUGGCGGAGUCCAUGCUUCCUCCCGCCGAAUGCUCGGGUAUCAUCGAGUGUGCGACGACUUCCAAGUCCUUCAGUGACAGGAGAAGAGUGGCUCUAGCAAGAGAGGGGAUGGGAAAGGAGAGCAAGGAGGGAAGGUGGGAGGAGGAGGAGGAAGAGGAAGAGGAGGAGGAGGUUGAGAAGCUCGGAAGAUAAUGCAAGCAGCAAGAGUAGGAGUAGAGAUGACGAACAAGGAGGAGGAAAAAGAGAGGAAGAGAAAGGAAGCGAAAUAGAGGGAUAAGGCAAUUUUAUGCGUAUGUAUAGGUGUCAGGAGAAAGGAGUAUUCUUUGUAGACGGAAGGAAAAAUGACUUGUUGGGGGGAAAGAAGAGCCGCCAUUGUUGAGGAGAAGGCAUUCUCCAUUGUACUUUUGUUUCGGAGAGCGACAGUAGUAUAGACAGCACAGCUGAGUUUACUCUUUAUUAAAGAG